AUGCGAUUGAAACAGCUGCAUCAUUCCAAGAGUUUUCACAACGAUUUUGGAAGUCUCCUUUUAUAUAUCUCACUUAUAAAACUAGCUUUUUAUUUUUUUAUUAAAAAAUAUAGUUUAACCGGCACAGGACCUUUCGGUGGCAGCUGUCAAGUUCAUGGACCAUUGCCCCAAAUUACGCAUUCUAGUUCAGACGAUUUACCAGCUGUUUCUGAUGUAGAUUCUGGAAAUUCGGGAAUGAAGAGCCCAAUAUUAAACAACCCCGCCUUCUCUCAUUCAAAAUGCCCACCUCGAGUUCAUCGGAGCUGCUUUUGUGUACGAUUUAUUGCAGAACAUACUAAAAUGCAGGAGGAUUCUACUAAAGUUAAAGAAGAUUGGAAAUAUGUCGCAAUGGUGCUGGAUAGACUCUUUUUAUGGAUCUUUACAUUAGCUGUUUUAGCGGGUACAGCUGGAAUAAUUUUACAAGCGCCAACUUUGUACGAUGAUCGGAUUCCCAUAAUCGAACAGAAAGAUUUGGAGUUUGCUGGAACUUCAGCCGGACGAUGUAGACCAGCGCAAUAGCGUUUUUAUACUAAUAUAACCUACAU